CAGACGGACCGCGGAAAGGUUUACUGUGGCGACUGACAAAGAGCGAGUCAUUUUCUACCGGAGUUUACCCGGUACACGAAUCUAAACAUUACGAUAUUAGACAUUAAGUUUAAAGUGAAAUCGAAGAUUAUAGAACGCUCUGUAGCGGCAACGUUAAGGCGAAAAUAAGCUAACGCUAGGCACGGUAACUAUAUAGGUUUAGCAUCUCCGCCGCAUACCUAGUUUUAGUUUGGUAGCUGUCUGACAAAUAAAAUAGCCAACCAUUCAGGCGAAUAACAGUAGACCAUCAUUGCUUGAAAAGGAAAUUCUGACACACAUCGAGGAAGUAUGGCUUUUAAACGGAUUAACAAGGAGCUUUGUGACUUUGCUCAUGACCCUCCAGCACAGUGCUCAGCCGGCCCGGUAGGUGAUGAUGUGUUUCAUUGGCAAGCCACAAUCAUGGGACCAGCGCAGAGCCCGUAUCAAGGGGGUGUCUUCUUCUUGACAAUUCAUUUUCCAACAGACUACCCCUUCAAACCACCCAAGGUUGCUUUCACAACAAGAAUUUACCACCCAAAUAUCAACAGUAAUGGUAGUAUCUGCCUGGAUAUUCUCAGAUCGCAGUGGUCUCCUGCACUUACAAUUUCUAAAGUUCUUCUUUCCAUUUGCUCACUUCUUUGUGACCCGAACCCUGAUGAUCCACUAGUGCCAGAGAUUGCACGAAUCUACAAAACUGAUACUUCGAGGUACAAUAAACUAGCUCAGGAAUGGACAGCAAAGUAUGCCAUGCUUUAGGAUACAACAAAUUGGCUAAAGAAUGGACACAAAAAUAUGCCAUGUGAUGGGAUCAUUGGGACAGUUGUUGGAAUAUUUUGAUUCUGGUUCAAAGUUGUAACUGAAAUUUUGUUUAGCACUCCCCUCCCCCUGUUUUCCCCCAUUCUCUCUCCUUAACUUGUACAUUUAUAAGAUGUCAUUUUCUCUUUAACACGUGCCAGUCCCUGAAUUUUUAAGUUCUGUUUUGUAUGGAAUUAUUCAGCUAGGUUCUAAACAAUUGGUUUGAGCAUGUAAAGGUUAUAUUUGUUAUUGCCCCCAACAGAAAAUUUGUGGCAUUGGUAAUUAAUUACUGUGCACGCAUUUGGUAGACUCAGAUGUGACUGGUCUCUUUGCACUCACUUGCAUGUUCCUGCAACAAUCCAGUUGACCUAUUGGUGGGAUCUAUGGGGCCAUUGAUCACUCUGCUCUACUCCCUGAAUACUUUCUUUUCUAGGCCUAUGUUUAACCUGAAAGUGAUAUGGGGAUCUCUUAAGUUGUGUGUUUUAUGGAAAGUAACCAGUAGCAUCUUGGUCAGCUUUGUGGACUUUGUGUUAGAUUUGCUGGUCUUUCACAGAGGGGCCAAUUGCUUGAGGAAAGAAGUCUCUUACUCUACCAUCAAGUGUCUGUACAGAGAAAGACUGCAGUAUAUAUCAACAUUAAGAAAAUAAAACUUAAGAACUUUAAAUGUUUUAUUUUAUGCAUGUUAAAGGUAGGCUAUUAUAUCUGAUGUUUCUGCUGACUGUGGAUUUUGAGGUUGAAUGGCUGGGGGUAAAAAAAAAAAAAAGGCACCCUCCUCCAAAGGCUUUAUGUUCUUGUUUAGAAUCCAGUAGAUGAGCUAUUCCACUUCAAACACAGUCUUGUAGCAUCAAGCUAUUGAUGCAAAGUUCAUGGUUGAUAAUCAUCUUGUGCCUCUUUAGUUUUCCAUUUCAAUAAAGUUACCUAAUCCA